UGACGUAAACUGUCUAUUCUCGUAAUUUUCUCUACACAAUAAUGAGGGCAGCACCUCUUGGGAUUGGAAUAAACAGCAUGCAGACGCUAGCGCUGCUUUUCGGAAGUAUUUAUGCACAACUUUCAGCUUACCCGUCUUGACCGAACCAAUAAGAAAAAGCGCAGCGAUAACACCUGUUGCGUCUGAUCCCCACUUUCGUUUUCAUUGAUAAAUUCAAAUGUCAAGUAAUGUAACGUACUAUCAUAUUCAACAGCCUUUUUUAACCGCAUUAAUAGUGACUAGAUAAUUUUGUGAGUUUAUUUCGACGAUGAAUGGGAUGGAACCGAUGAUAAUCGGUCCUCAGAAUGACCUUUCUAACUGCCCAAACUGAACACCUGAUUUUGCAUGCACAGAUGAGUCGAGAAAAUCUGCUGAAGAGAUGGAUGAACAACGGCAGAAAACUCUCGCAUACGAGUACCUCUGUCACUUGGAGGAAGCGAAAAAAUGGUUGGAGGCUUGCCUCCGCGAGGAACUACCCGCUACUAUAGACUUGGAAGAAAACUUGAGAAAUGGAGUCUACUUGGCUAAGCUAUGCCACUUCAUAGCACCUAAAGUUCUACCCUACAAUAAAAUCUAUGAUCCUGAUCAAAAGCGAUACGCAGUUGCAGGACUUCAGUUUCGUCACACAGACAAUAUUAAUCAUUUUUUAAAAUGCCUGAAGAGUAUGCAACUACCUUUGACUUUUCAACCUGAAACAACUGAUAUUUAUGAUAGAAAAAACAUGCCUAGAGUCAUUUACUGCAUUCACGCACUCAGCACGCAUUUGUUUAAAAUGGGAAUGGCUCCUCAGAUUCAAGACUUGUACGGAAAAGUAAAUUUCACAGAUGAAGAAAUUGACUCUGUUAGCAAGGAGUUGAAGAAGUAUGGUCUACCCAUGCCUGCCUUCCAGAAAAUUGGAGGACUAUUAACAAAUGAAAUGGCAGGCAAUACUGCAGCUCUCCACGCAGCUGUUAUAGCCAUAAACCAAGCCCUGGAUGCUGACAAGGGAAAUAUGCUCAUGGGAACGCUCCAAAGUUCUGCUGCAAGAUUGAAAAAUAUUGAUACCCGUUACAUUGAAAAAUAUCGCGAGAGUCUGCUGGAAGCCAAGGAUGUAAAAACACAAGCAGCUUUGAACAGAUCCCUCAAUGAUAGCUAUGUUCCAGAUGCUUAUGACGAACUGUUAACGCAGGCGGAAAUUCAAGGGCAUAUCAACACUGUGAAUGUUCAGUUUGCCCUUGAAGAUCUCGUUGAUUCCGUUACCAGAGAAUCUGCUACUCUCAUCGAUAUCCUCAGUGGACGUACGCUUCAGUUGAAGAAUGUUAUAAAAGCCAACACUGAAUUGUAUGCAAAGGAAAUAACACAGCUGGUGGAGACUUUAGAAUGGAAAAACGAAAGGUAUGGUCACAGUCAAAUACGCAAAGAUUUGCUCCAGAAAUCCAUUGACAUAGCUAAUGGGAUGGCAGAGAUUUCUCAUCGACGCACGGCUGCUGUAAAGUUGGUGAAUUCUGCGCUGCAAAAUGGGAGCCAAGAGGACCUGUUCAAGGCUUUAAUAAACCCAUCUUUAGGCCUGGACUAUUAUGUCGAUGAAUUUGCAGCUCCUUUAUACUAUGAAGAGAUGAAAAUUGAUCGCAUAGAAUCUGAAAAGGAUCUCACCUACAGCGACAUCAUUGUUAGCAUUAAAGUCUUGUCAGUAAUAGCAGCGAUAAGUAAAGCAGUAGAUACGGGAAGCCCGGAAUUAACUUACCAAGCCCUGACACACCCUGAAGCUCACAUUUCGCUUGUAGACGUUGGAAACAAAGUGAAAUAUCACAGAGUCUUGGCUGGAGCUCGACGCGAAAAACAGGCAGCUUUUAUGAACGAAUGUCCUCUUCUAACUUACGUGGAUAUCCAAGAGUGCGUGGAGAUUGUUAACGGGCAAUGUCAGGAAGACAACGAACUCAUUCGGGUAUUAAAUGAGCUGAACGGUGCAGUAAUAGAGGACAGCCGAGCUCUGGUAAUAAACGCACUACGAGAUCCCCUCCUCAAACUGAAGGAACCGAUAUCUCCAGCUGAUGCAUCUUUGUAUCUGAAAUUGUUCAAGAAAUGCUUGGUAGAAAAUCAUUCCGAUGGUUCAGAGUUGUGGCUUGAGGAUAUCAACGAUAUAGCUCAAACGGUCGUCAAAGAAGUAGAGCAAGUACAAGCUGCCUGCACUUUUCUGGCUCAAUUAAAUAUGGCGAUUGAACAGAACGAUUCGGAAUUGACCUAUGAUUCUCUGAGAUCAAUGGGACUCAAAAUUAAUCACAAGUACAAGGAGAAUUAUCACACCUUAUUGCGGGGCUUAAGACAGAAAAAAAUUCUGAAAUAUUCCUGUCCGUAUGUCCGCUACGUAACACCGUUGGGGAAUGAGACGUUUCUGGAUAUAGACAAGUACAGCUAUACCUGGGACAAGCCAAAUAACGCGUCUGAGUCGCAUUAUAUUAGUAAAUCUGAUGUUGAAGACGUUAUAAAUAAAGUUGAGAUGGAAGAGUUGACGAGGCAUCUGAGUAAAAUUAACGAGCGUGCAAUUAUUAAAUUGCAAGCAACGAUCAGAGGGUAUUUGUCGCGUAAAAAGAUGUCAGAUCGAUUUAAUCAGAUCCAUAAUAAUAUCGACAAGAUAAUCAAGAUCCAAACGUGGUGGCGUAAAAUUCUACAGAGAAGAAAAGAAAAAAGAAUUGAACUGACAGAGAAAAAUGUAAUUCAAGGAGCUAAUAAUUACCAGAAAGAAAGCCAAACUGGAUAUGAUCGUUACAUAGAGCAAGAAAAGAAAAUUGUAAAAAUCCAAGCGCUGUGGCGCGGAAGAUCUGCCAGAAGGGCUUUACACUCACUUCUGCAUCUGGAUAAGCCACCGUUUUCUGCGGUUCGUAAUUUCGUACCGAUUUUGGACUUCAAUGCAGAAGACUAUGACGAGGAUUUGCAAUUACAGCAGCUCAAAACAGAAGUCGUUCAAACCAUAAGACACAAUAAAAACUUGUUGCAACAGUUAGAUGGAAUGGAUAUAAAAAUCGGACUUCUAAUUCAAAACAGAAUAACUCUUCAGGAUGUUGUGGCGCAUGGAAAAAACUUGGAGAGUUUGGCAAAGGACAGACAUUCAAGUAGAACUCGAAAAAAUUCAUUCAACGAAGGCUCUACCCACAAGGGGUUGAAAUCACUAACUAAAGAGGGUCGUAAGUUACUCGAGGGCUAUCAACAUUUAUUUUACGCUCUUCAAACAAACCCAACAUACUUGUCAAAGCUACUGUUUAUGCUUCCGCAAAGUAAGACCAACAAGUUUCUGCAAAAUGUAAUACUGACGCUGUUCAACUUUGGCUCUAAUAGGAGGGAAGAGUAUUUGCUGCUGAAACUCUUUCGUAGUGCACUUCAGGAAGAAAUUAGAUGCAAAUUUCAAAAACCUUCCGAAGUUGUGACUGGGAACCCUCUGGUAUUAAAAAUGGUCGUUAAUUACGCAAGGCAAUUGAAUGGUCAGAAUUCUUUGCGUCAAAUAGUCGGACCAAUAAUUGAGAAAGUACUGGCGGAUAAGUCCAUAAACAUUGAAACGAACCCUGUAGAUAUUUAUAAAUGUUGGAGAAAUCAAUUGGAAAUGGAAACGGGGCAAUCGUUAAAUUUGCCCUAUACUGUAACGCAGCAGCAAGCAUUGAGCUACGAACAAGUGAGGCACAGAUUGAACAAUGGUAUCAAACUUUUGAAAAAAACAGUGGUAGAAUUUUUGACGCGUAUUACAGAGUCCAGAAAUUUAAUACCCUAUGGAAUGCUCUACAUGGCUAAGGUCCUGAACGACACUUUAACCGAAAAAUUUCCCAGCGCACCUGAAAAAGACAUUCUGAAAGUUGUCGGAAACUUGGUCUAUUACCAUUUCAUUAAUGCAGCCAUAGUGGCCCCAGAUGCCUUCGAUAUAAUUACUUUACCGAUUGAUAGAUCGCUCUCAAAUGAUCAGCGGAGAAACCUCGCGAGUAUAGCUAAGAUUCUACAAUUUGCGGCGUCAAAAAAAGGGUUUGGGGAAGAAGCGAUGCACUUAGUAUGUCUAAAUCCAUUCAUAAUCGAGUGCCACGAGAGAUUCAAAACAUUUUUUCGCUAUUGCUGCAACAUAGAUGAACUAGAUGAGCAUUUCCGCGUCCAUGAAUUUACGGAAGCAACUCUCAUACAUAAGCCUGAUAUUUACAUAUCCCUGCAGGAAAUAUGCGACACCCACAGUUUGGUCGUUGAAUAUCAGGAUCAAAUCGCUCCUGAUCCGUUAGACCCUCUUCACGAACUUCUAGACGAUCUUGGAACGACGCCUACGGUUGCUUCAUUAUUGGGAAUAAGUGAUCCUGUUUGCGAAUCGAAUAUGGCUCGCUUGGGAAAGACGGAAGUCUGUUUGGUUCUGACGAACAAAUUUGAAGUCCCAGAGGGUGAUGAUUCGAGUCUGAAUAAGCUUUUUAUUAUAACAAAAGAGCUACUUGUCUCCGUACUCCCAUUUCUAAAGGGUGAUUCAUUGGCCGAUGCUCUGGAAAAUUCCUCCACGCCCAUCCAAGAACAGCGAUACGACGAGAAAUCUUCUUCCUCUUCAUGUUUUUCAACAAUCGGAAACGGCGUGCACAGAAGUUCGUCGCUAAACGAUUGCAAGGCACAAUUACGAGCUUAUCUCAGCAAACUGGAACUUGGGGGCUGGGUGUCACGAACGGAUGAUUACCAAAAUAUUAUUACGGCUGUAGCAAAGGAUCUGUGCAAUAAAAGCAAGUACAGAGUAAUGAGAAAAACAGAGCUCCAAACGUUGAAAGCUACAAAACAAAGUCUCGAUGAUAAAACCAAGUACUACAAAGAACAAGUGCAGUUUUAUAACGAAUACAUCCACCGAUGUUUGGAAAACCUCAACACAGGCAAAGGAUCUCUUCACGCUUACAAAGCGAUUCAGAAAAACAAUCACCAAAAGUUGAAAUCAAAGAUGACUUUAAAAUACUCUGCCGCAAAACUGCAGGAGAAGGGUGUUUUACUAGAGGUGGAUGGGCUUCCACAUUCGCAGUUCAAGAACGUGAUAUUUGAGAUAAGCCCAACGGAGCACAAUGGGGUAUUUACUGUACGAGGUAAGUUCAUGGGCGUAGAAAUGGAGAAGGUCGACGUAGACAUCCAGGAACUCUUGCAACUACAGUUCGAGGGUGCCCCAAUAAUGGAUAUGUUUGGUAAGGCGAAGAUCAAUGUUAACUUAUUGUUGUUUCUUCUGAAUCGGAAAUUUUACGGAAAGACUUGAAUAGAUGUUCAACUUUUAAAAAACCUUAAAGACUUACGUGGGAGGAAAAAUUUUCUGAUACCAUGACUUAUCCUGUUCUUAAUUUCGAUGUACAUAAGACUGAGUAACGCUGCCAAUAGCCAGAGUUCCAAUAGCACUUUUUUAAAAAACAAAUUUAUUUGCAUGAUUGGAAGAUAAUUUAAGCACAUAAAGUUUUCUUGUCCCUCUCCACCUCCAUUUUGUUUUUAAAUGACCGGUUCAUAUCAGAAUUCUGUUAGAAUAAUGUACAUAAUGAAUAAAAAGUUCUAUGAUAUGAAACGGAAACUCCGCGUUUGAAAAUACUCAACGCAGACUUUGUGGCGAGCGUCAUUUGUUUAUCUAUUACCGUUAGCCACUGCCUUCUCUUGCUAAAAGAUUGUUUGAA